ACCAAUUCUUCACACGACGCGGAAUCAUGACGCAGAUGACUGGAGAAGCAACAUCAACGUUUAUUUUCAGAUACGAAAUGUGAACAACUUUUAAACGUUUAAAACUAUAACCCGUUCGAUGACUAGAAUACGUUACAUUUGAUUAACCCUGUCUUCUAAGUACAACCUCUUCGAGAGAUCCAGACAAAAGAGAUGGAGGGAGGAGUGAUGGAGAGAGAAGUGAUGUCUGAGAAGCCAAUCAUGCAGACACAGCCAUCCACAUUGCCCUUCUUCGACACGGCCCACGCCUUUAACCUGCUCCGGGGGAUCCAUGAACUCCGCGCAGAGCGCAAGUUCUUUGACGUCACGCUCUGCGCCGAGGGCCGCGAGUUCCACUGCCACCGGACUGUGUUGGCCGCAGCCAGCACCUACUUCAGGGCCAUGUUUGCCGGGACACUUAGAGAGAGCGCCAUGGACCGUGUGGUCCUUCACGAGGUGUCUGCUGAACUACUGGGCCUGCUGGUGGACUUCUGUUAUACAGGCCGAGUCACAGUCACCCAGGAUAAUGUAGACCUCCUGCUGAAGACGGCCGACCUGUUCCAGUUCCCCUCCGUCAAAGAGGCCUGCUGUGCCUUCUUGGAGCAGAGAUUAGACGUCUCCAACUGCCUGGAGAUCCAGGACUUUGCAGAGGCCUACGCCUGCCGUGACUUGGCCGUCAGCGCCCGCAGCUUCGUCCUCAAGAACAUUGUGGACCUAGCCAAAGGCAAGGACUUUGAGCGGUUGCCCUGGAAACGGCUGCUGGAAUUCGUGUCGGACGAUGCGCUGUGUGUGGACAAGGAGGAAACGGUCUAUCAGAUGGCGGUGCGCUGGGUCAAAGCAGACUUACAGAGGCGGCUCCACUACUGGCCCACACUGCUGGAGCAGGUCAGACUACCCUUUGUACGUCGGUUCUAUCUACUCGCCCACGUGGAAAGCGACCCCCUGGUUUACCUCUCCCCCUCCUGUCUGAGGAUGGUGAGCGAGGCCCGGAGCUUCCAGUCGUGUGAGUACGACCGCCACGACAGACCCUGCCAACGCAUGCGGCCACGGCCCUCAACCGGACUGGCUGAGAUCCUGGUGGUGGUGGGAGGCUGUGACCAGGACUGUGACGAGCUGGUCACUGUGGACUGUUACAACCCUCAGACUGGACAGUGGCGCUACCUGGCCGAGUUCCCCGAUCACCUGGGAGGGGGCUACAGUAUGGCCGCUCUGGGCAAUGAUAUGUAUGUCACAGGAGGAUCUGACGGUUCGCGUCUCUAUGACGGCGUGUGGCGCUACAACUCCAGUGUUAACGAGUGGACCGAGGUGUCGCCAAUGCUCAAAGCCCGGGAGUACCACAGUUCCUGUGUCCUCAGAGGUCAGCUAUAUGUGGUGGCGCCAGACAGCACGGAGCGCUACGACCACGCGCUGGACUGCUGGGAGGCCCUGCCCCCCAUGCUGCACUCCAUGGACAACUGCUCCACCACCACCUGUAAGGGGCGUCUCUACGCCAUCGGGUCCAUGACCACAACAGGGGAGGACAACAUGGCCAUACAGUGUUACGAUGUGGACACCAACCGCUGGACCCUGGUCAACUGUGGCGAGCUGCCACCGUGGUCUUUCGCUCCCAAGACGGUCACUCUCAAUGGGCUCAUCUACUUUGUCAGGGAUGACUCGGCAGAGGUCGACAUCUAUAACCCUCAGAAGAAUGAAUGGGACAAGAUCAGCCCCAUGACACAGGUCCAUGUAGGAGGCAGUGUGGCAGUCCUGGGUGGUCGUCUCUUUGUGUCUGGUGGCUAUGACAACACAUUUGAGCUGUCUGACAUGGUGGAGGCCUACAACCCCUCCACCCAUACCUGGACACCCGCAGGCCGCCUUCCCCAGCCCACCUUCUGGCAUGGUAGUGUCAGCAUCUUCCGGCAGCUCAUGCCCGCCGUAUCCAACGCUUUCGAACCCAUCGACCUGCCCGAGGCUAACUCCAUCCACCUGCACCGACACCACCGCAACCAGGCCAUGCACAACCACAACCUCAACCAGAACCACGACGUCAACCCAGUGUAACACACUCCAUGGACAAAUGGGUCAGGGAAUAUCAUACUGACCACUGUUUCAGCCAUUUUAGGUUUACUGUGAAAACAUACACCUCAUUAUGAUGCUAAAGAACAAAAGGUGGAAAGACAGAGUGAUCAAAUGAUCCUGCAUGGAUGUGAUCACUAUAGGACUGUAAUUACAUUACAUUGUGCUUAUGUGACUGAACAUGUGUGCAAUUUUGUGAUCCCCAUGUAAUUCACUUGCCUACCACACUGUCAUUGAUCAUGAUCAAUGGGCAUAUUAUUGACUGGACUAAUAGACUGUCUGGGUAUGAAGGUCUCAUGUUGGGGAAAGCACAAUCUACACAUACAUGGACAUCUACGGCAGGCAGUAGUGUAUUAUCUAGAUUUUGGUUAUACAGUUGAAGUCGGAAGUUUACAUACACCUUAGCCAAAUCCAUUUAAACUCAGUUUUUCACAAUUCCUGACAUUUAAUCCUAAAAAUUCAUAAAAACAUAACAAUUCCCUGUCUUAGGUCAGUUAGGAUCACCACUUUAUUUUAAGAAUGUGAAAUGUCAGAAUAAUAGUAGGGAGAAUGAUUGAUUUCAGCUUUUAUUUCUUUCAUCACAUUCCCAGUGGGUCAGAAGUUUACAUACACUCAAUUAGUAUUUAGUAGCACUGCCUUUAAAUUGUUUAACUUGGGUCAAACGUUUCGGGUAGCCUUCCAUAAGCUUCCUAUACGUUGGGUGAAUUUUGGCCCAUUCCGUCUGACAGAGCUGGUGUAACUGAGUCAGGUUUGUAGGCCUUCUUGCUCGCACACGCUUUUUCAGUUCUGCCCAAACAUUUUCUAUGGGAUUGAGGUCAGGGCUUUGUGAUGGCCACUCCAAUACCUUGACUUUGUUGUCUUUAAGCCAUUUUGCCACAACUUUGGAACUAUGCUUGGGGUCAUUGUCCAUUUGGAAGACCCAUUUGUGACCAAGCUUUAACUUCCUCACUGAUGUCUUGAGAUGUUGCUUCAAUAUAUCCACAUAAUUUUCCUGCCUCAAGAUGCCAUCGAUUUUGUGAAGUGCACUAGUCCCUCCUGCAUCAAAGCACCCCCACAACAUGAUGCUGCCACCCUCGUGUUUCACGUUUGGGAGGGUGUUCUUCGGCUUGCAAGCAUCCCCCUUUUUCCUCCAAACAUAACGAUGGUCAUUAUGGCCGAACAGUUCCAUUUUUGUUUCAUCAGACCAGAGGACAUUUCUCCAAAAGUACGAUACAGUGGGGCAAAAAUGUAUUUAGUCAGCCACCAAUUGUGCAAGUUCUCUCACUUAAAAAGAUGAGAGAGGCCUGUAAUUGUCAUCAUAGGUACACUUCAACUAUGACAGACAAAAUGAGAAAAAAAAAUCCAGAAAGUCACAUUGUAGGAUUUUUAAUGAAUUUAUUUACAAAUUAUGGUGGAAAAUAAGUAUUUGGUCACCUACAAACAAGCAAGAUUUCUGGCUCUCACAGACCUGUAACUUCUUCUUUAAGAGGUUCCUCUGUCCUCCACUCAUUACCUGUAUUAAUGGCACCUGUUUGAACUUGUUAUCAGUAUAAAAGACACCUAUCCACAACCUCAAACAGUCACACUCCACUAUGGCCAAGACCAAAGAGCUAUCAAAGGACACCAGAAACAAAAUUGUAGACCUGCACCAGGCUGGGAAGACUGAAUCUGCAAUAGGUAAGCAGCUUGGUUUGAAGAAAUCAACUGUGGGAGCAAUUAUUAGGAAAUGGAAGACAUACAAGACCACUGAUAAUCUCCCUCGAUCUGGGGCUCCACGCAAGAUCUCACCCCGUGGGGUCAAAAUGAUCACAAGAACGGUGAGCAAAAAUCCCAGAACCACACGGGGGGACCUAGUGAAUGACUUGCAGAGCUGGGACCAAAGUAACAAAGCCUACCAUCAGUAACACACUACGCCGCCAGGGACUCAAAUUCUGCAGUGCCAGACAUGUCCCCUUGCUUAAGCCAGUACAUGUCCAGGCCCGUCUGAAGUUUGCUAGAGAGCAUUUUGAUGAUCCAGAAGAAGAUUGGGAGAAUGUCAUAUGGUCAGAUGAAACCAAAAUAGAACUUUUUGGUAAAAACUCAACUCGUCGUGUUUGGAGAACAAAGAAUGCUGAGUUGCAUCCAAAGAAGACCAUACCUACUGUGAAGCAUGGGGGUGGAAACAUCAUGCUUUGGGGCUGUUUUUUCUGCAAAAGGACCAGGACGACUGAUCCGUGUAAAGGAAAGAAUGAAUGGGGCCAUGUAUCGUGAGAUUUUGAGUGAAAACCUCCUUCCAUCAGCAAGGGCAUUGAAGAUGAAAAGGGGACUUUGUCUUUCAGCAUGACAAUGAUCCCAAACACACCGCCCGGGCAACGAAGGAGUGGCUUCGUAAGAAGCAUUUCAAGGUCCUGGAGUGGCCUAGCCAGUCUCCAGAUCUCAACCCCAUAGAAAAUCUUUGGAGGGAGUUGAAAGUCCGUGUUGCCCAGCAACAGCCCCAAAACAUCACUGCUCUAGAGGAGAUCUGCAUGGAGGAAUGGGACAAAAUACCAGCAACAGUGUGUGAAAACCUUGUGAAGACUUACAGAAAACAUUUGACCUCUGUCAUUGCCAACAAAGGGUAUAUAACAAAGUAUUGAGAUGAACUUUUGUUAUUGACCAAAUACUUAUUUUCCACCAUAAUUUGCAAAUUAACUAAUUAAAAAUCCUACAAUGUGAUUUUCUGGAAAAAAAAAUCUCAUUUUGUCUGUCAUAGUUGAAGUGUACCUAUGAUGAAAAUUACAGGCCUCUCUCGUCUUUUUAAGUGGGAGAACUUGCACAAUUGGUGGCUGACUAAAUACUUUUUAUACUUGCGUACUAUUGUUUGUACAGAUGAACAUGGUACCUUCAGGCAUUUGGAAAUUUCUCCCAAGGAUGAACCAGACUUGUGGAGGUCUACAAAAAAAAAAAUCUGAGGUCUUGGCUGAUUUCUUUUGAUUUUCCCAUGAUGUCAAGCAAAGAGGCACUGAGUUUGAAGGUAGGCCUUGAAAUACAUCCACGGGUACACCUCCGAUUGACUCAAAUUAUGUCAAUUAGCCUAUCAGAAGCUUCUAAAGCCAUGACAUCAUUUUCUGGAAUUUUCCAAGCUGUUUAAAGGCACAGUCAACUUAGUGUAUGUAAACUUCUGACCCACUGGAAUUGUGAUACAGUGAAUUAUAAGUGAAAUAAUCUGUCUGUAAACAAUUGUUGGAAAAAUUACUUGUGUCAUGCGCAAAGUAGAGGUCCUAACCGACUUGCCAAAACUAUAGUUUGUUAACAAUAAAUGUAUGGAGUGGUUGAAAAACAAGUUUUUAUGACUCCAACCUAAGUGUAUGUAAACUUCCGACUUCAACUGUAUAUCUUUUAUUUUUUUAUCUUACUUAAUCAACUAACUACAGAGUUGUUUUCCACUUUCCGGUUGUUUAGCGUGAGAGCCAACAUUAUCGCUCAUAAUCAGUGGCAUGACCCCAUACAUUCCAAAAGCUAAUACAACCACCACAAUGUUUUCCAGCACUAACCAGCUUUGAUAACGGUUGAGAAAUUAAUCUGGAGACUUGUCCAGUUCUGUACAACUAUGGAACCGUAGGAUGGAAUCAGAGCAUGUGAUGCAACCGGGACUGGGUUGCUAAAACCACAUCAAAGUGAUAGAUUAAAUAGAUGUGUCCCUGUUUUAUUGAUAUGAUAGAUUAUCAGAUGCUGAUCACCGUUUUGCUCUCCCUCAGCCAGACUGACUGUUUACACCUAAUUGGCACGACUACCAAUCUAGCCUGCAUGAAGUACUGGUCAUAUUUUCUUUCAAGGUACAUUUGUUUUACUAUAGAUGCUUUAAUAUUUUAUUAGAAUGGUUUAGUUUUAUUUAUGAAAAUGCAUUUGUAGUGUUAGUUCAUAUAAUGUUAGUGUGUUUUCCUAGUGCAACAGGAGGCAGAGGUACAUAUGAAGAUAGAUACCGGUGACAACCGCUGUUAUGAUAACUGGAGGUGGUAACACAUUCUCAAUUUAUUCAUGCAACACGUGUUUGACUAAAGUUAAUUUUAGUAUUGUUUACUUACUGUAAUUCCAUUCGGUUGUGUGUUUUCUUAGUUUUCAUACAAGUUGUUUGUGUUGUCCAAACACAGUUUUUCAUAUUUGCGUUGUUUGUAUACUGUAGUCAAUCAAUCAAUCAAUUUUAUUUUAUAUAGCCCUUCGUACAUCAGAUAAUAUCUCGAAGUGCUGUACAGAAACCCAGCCUAAAACCCCAAACAGCUAGAAUGCAGGUGUAGAAGCACGGUGGCUAGGAAAAACUCCCUAGAAAGGCCAAAACCUAGGAAGAAACCUAGAGAGGAACCAGGCUAUGAGGGGUGGCCAGUCCUCUUCUGGCUGUGCCGGGUGGAGAUUAUAAGAGAACUAUGCCAAGAUGUUCAAAAAUGUUCAUAAGUGACAAGCAUGGUCAAAUAAUAAUCAUGAAUAAUUUUCAGUUGGCUUUUCAUAGCUGAUCAAUCUUCGGAGAUACAAUCUUCGGCAAAAUCAUUCGCAAGGAGAUUCCUGCAAAAAUAUUAUUUGAAGAUUAGAAUGCAGUGAGGUCAUCCUUACAGUGUGAUUACAAUAAAACUGCAGGCAGGACUGCCACUUUA